CCAAUUCAUUCAGCAAUCCUUUUCUCACCAUCAUGGUAUAGGCGCUGUCCGUUCGUUUUCGUUUUUCCCGUCAAAUCUCAACGACCUUGUGGAGUAACCCUAUCAUGAAUCCACCCUCCUCCGUUUGGAGUAUUUACUGCCGUUCUUUGGUCCCUGAGGGUCGCCGCCCUCUUCCUCUAAUUUUGAGGUGAACUCAAGCGAUACGACCCACCGGCUCACAGCAAAGUUGCCAUGGAAUCAUGGAAGAAGUGGCCAGUUCGAAUAUGCUCAGAGUCGACUCUUGGCAUCGAUAAUGGUUUACGUUCAACCAGCCACCUCUGACCGACUCGGAACUUGACUGUCAAAACUCUGGUCCUUUUACUGACAGAUGAAUCAACCGAUGAUAGGUACUGACAGAUGGUGAGUACAAGGUGAGUAGGAUUCUCAUUUGCGGCGGCAUUGAAGGCACCGAAGCCGGCGAGUUUGUUCUUCUUCUUUACAUUGGGUUUUUAAGUCCUGAAGUCUGAAGAAAUGAUAUUGAAGUCGCAUUUUUUCAUAGAACCGUCGGGGUGGGCGGGAAUGGCGGACAGCUCACUCGGUUCUACCUACUGUCGUGGGUGAUACAAUUUUGAAUUGGCAUAUAAAUGAUAGAUUGGAUCGCUGAUAAUACUGAGGGGAUAAAAGCAACUUCCUUGGCAACUCUAGGCUCCUGGUCCUCAAGGUCAACUUUUACCUCCGGAAAAUGGGCUACUAUCUGAAUCUCAGGACCGUCAGCCUCAUACUUGCUUUGCUCCUACUUUCCACGGCCUAUGUUCACGCCGAAUCAAAUUUUAUUGACGCCGAGCUCCCUACUCAACCUCUCAUGGGAGUUGAUCGACCUGUGUUAAUGGGUCAUACAUUGUUCGCAGCUGGAGCGGGCUUGCAGAAUAUCAGUGCCAGGCAAGGUUGUUAUCCAGGAUAUCAGUGUGAAAACUUUUGUUGUAAUUCUGGGGAUACAUGCUGUAAAACAGGUUGCUGUGACGGAGAUGAAAAGUGUGCCUAUCGCACGAAUGGCGACAUUGGGUGCUGCGCGCGAAGCGAUAUUCAAUGCUCCUCCGGCGGUUGUUGUCAAGCUGGCAGAAUAUGUUGUUCUACCGGUUGUUGUCCAGCCGGGGGAGAUUGUUGUUCUGACGGACGAUGUUGUGGCGCUGGCUACUAUUGUUGUGAUAAUGGGCAUUGUUGCCCCGGAGGCAGUGGUAGUGGUGGUGGUGGUGGUCCUCCGCCGCCACCUCCACCUCCACCUCCACCCCCACCCCCACCGGUCACUACCUCUACCUCUACCUCUACCACUUUUUUCCAGACAACUACGAGCUCUAGUACUUCUACUCGGACUACUACGAGUAUCCGUACGACCGCUCGUACGACGACUGACACUUUUGCUAACGCCUUUCCGACUGCUACAACAGGGUUCGGUGGUGAAACGGGCUCGGGGGAUGAUUCUACAGACGUAGACUCGACCCCUCCUCCUAGCGGACUCCCAAGCACGAAUACGGGUGUUUCAAUCAACUUCCCUCGUUUUGUUCUCUUGUCCUUCGUGUCUUCCUUUGUUCUACUCUUUCUCUGAAAGUUCGAACACAUUUUCCGCCAUUGUUUGUAUGUAGUGUUUGUUCAACUGAAGGUACCGGUCAACGUUCAUCGAUGCAUCGCCCGGGACACUUCCACGUGCACCCGCGACUCGCUAUGUAUAUGUACUUUUUAAUACCGGAAAAAAAGAUAGGUUACUG